CCAAAUUCGCACAGUAUCUCGAGGAUGAGACUAGGGCAGGUCCUCCUGGAUUGUUUUGAGUCUGUUCUGCUCAUGUCCACCAUCUCCUGCUUCCUCAUUUCUUGUGUAAUCGGGCCUAAAACCUCAUGGUCAUCUCCAAUAGCUUCUCUUUUCUCACUCUUGUUAACUAGGAGUCGUCUGGUCUUUUUGACCUCUUCUCCUCUGCCUCUUAUAUUCAAUCCCAUGCAAUUCUACACCAGAAAAAUCCAGCUUCCACUUCUACCAGUUUGCCCUAAACAGAGCAAAGCACCGGUGAUUGGUCCAUGGAAUAAUACUUCAUCAGGCAGCCAGCAUGGAUGGAAAAUUAUGAUCCCAAUGUCCUACCUUUUCAAAGUGAUGUCUUUCGUUUUAAUUCUUGGGACUACUGAAGGUGCCUUUCAAUAUCGAAGAGCUAGGAACCCUGAAGCGAACAUGAACAUUAGCCAGAUUGUUUCCUAUUGGGGCUACCCAGACGAAGUGUGUGAUAUUGUUACGGAAGACGGUUACAUCCUUGGCCUUUACAGAAUUCCUUAUGGGAAGACGAACAAUGACAGUUCAGAUCUGCACCACAACGGACACUUUUGCAAGACUCUUCCUGAUCUUUUCUGUGAAGUUCCUGUAAGGUUCAUGGGACAGAGCUUACAGGAGGAUAUAGACUUCCCCCUCUUCUACUGCACCCCGUCCUUCACACCGUCCUUGGAGCCUACCCCUGGCCUUCACAAUAUCCUCUGGGCUCUCCCAAGGCUUGUUAAUCAAUUGGUGGGUGUUCUGGUCUUAUUUAAUAACAGCCUGGGCUUCAUCCUGGCAGAUGCUGGUUAUGACGUGUGGCUGGGGAACAGUAGAGGGACUACCUGGUCCAGGAAACACAAGUAUCUGAAGACAAAUUCUAAAGAAUUCUGGGCCUUCAGUUUUGAUGAGAUGGCAAAAUACGACCUCCCAGCCUCCAUUGACUUCAUCGUGAAGCACACAGGACAAGAGGAAAUAUUUUACAUAGGCCAUUCCCAGGGCACCACUAUUGCUUUCAUAACGUUUUCCACAAUACCAAAGAUAGCUGAAAGAAUCAAAAUAUUUUUUGCCUUAGCUCCAGUUUUUUCUAUUAAAUACUCAAAGAGCCCUUUAAUUAAAAUGGCAUACAAAUGGAAGUCAGUGAUAAAGGCUUUCUUUGGCAACAAAGACUUCCUACCUAAUACCUCAUUUAAAAGAUUUGUUGGUUCAAAGCUGUGUCCACUGAAGAUUAUUGGUAAGAUUUGCCGCGAUAUCUUGUUUAUGAUUUAUGGAUGUGACCUGGAGAACCUAAAUAUGCUCCUGCCCCCCUCCCCUACCCCCUCUCUCUUCCAUUUCUUGCCCUAUACAAAGGAAGGGAGAAGCAAAGAAGUCUCCCUGCACAUAUACCAACAGGCCCAGUACAAAGGGGCAGUACGUGCAAUGCACACCUCAUUUCACCAGCCGCGCUGUAAUAAACAGAUGAGUAUGAUCUUGCUUUUACAAUUUUUCUUUCAGCUUUUUAAUUCUAGUCACUUGAGAGCUUUUGAUUGGGGCAGUCCUGUUCUGAACUUGGCUCAUUUUAAUCAGUCCACUUCUCCAUUUUACGAUGUGAGGAACAUGAAUGUAUCAACAGCAACUUGGAACGGGGGCAAUGACCUGUUGGCCGAUCCUGAAGAUGUGAAAAAUCUGCUUUCUGAAAUUACAAACCAUAUUUACCAUAAAACUAUUUCUUACUACAAUCAUAUAGACUUUUUGUUCGGAUUAGGUGUGUAUCAGCAAGUUUACCGUGAAAUCAUUGCCAUUAUCCAAGGCAAUCUAUAAAGAACUACGGUACUGUGUGUUGAAGGGUCUGUAUCACUUCUCUUAAAAUCCAAUCACUUUUUUCUUGCAAUGCAUGUUUUCCCAGUUAUUUAAAUAAAGUCUGGACUUUUUCCCUAUUUUUUUCACUGCCCUGGGCCUUCCAUUCAUUAAAUCAGUGGCAUUUAUUAUAUGAGGAAAAAUGGCAGAUUCUAACUCAGCCCAAAGCAAUCUGUUGUUUUUCUACAUGCAAACCUAGGGAACUAAAAGCAUAAUUUUUAAGGGAUGACUUUUUGAGAAAGAUGCUUUCUUUUCUUCAAAGAAAUAUGAGCAUAUAUGAUAUAAAAAGAGUUUGGGAGAAUGCUUGCUGAUAUGAAAGCUAAUUUUUCUCUAUGCUGAAUGAAGAGUAGACACACUUUUGAGCUAUGUAAAGACGUUUAGGGGAGGAAAAAGGGAAGAACGAAAGCUUGGAUGCCAGUGUAAUAUUGGUGCUUCUGCCUAUCUGGCCAGGGGAGAUCCUAAAAGCCAUGGAGGAGCUGUACCUCACUUCUCAGGGUGUAUAGCCUGCCUUUCCAGCAAGUGUGUGUAAAGAGUAGCAAUGGUUAAAAGCCAAGCCAAAUUCGGUUCGCUCUGAGCUUGCUAACUCUGUGCUCCAUAUAUGCUUAUGGGCUUCAAAAUGUCUUCUGCAAAAGAUAAUGGAAUAUGCAUAGAUAGUGAGAAAAAAUAAAAUGUGUGCAUAGAUGAUUGGAAUACAGCUAAGAGAAGGCACAUAACUUAAAAAGCCACAGUUCAGACUACAGGUCAGUCCUUCCUUUCUUUGGUAACCCUUAGUAUGAAAAAGUAGAGCACUGAAAAUAGAUACACACUUAGAGAUAUCUUUUUAAAGAGUUCAAGAAUGUGAAUAUAGCAUUAAGUGUUGCUUCAGAGUUUUCGAAUGAUCCUUCAAAUAAGACAAAUGGGAGAGGGUAAUUAUGCAGAAGAUUACUCAUGGUGAGAUUUAAAAAAUAAGUUGGAAGUUUCUGGUAAUGGUGGACUGAGUAAUUCAGACCUGGGACAAUGUGAAAAGCAUUUAUUUGAAGACAAGGAGAGCUAAAAAUGCAGGGAAGAAUAAGGUCAAGAAAAAGAAGUCCAGGAAAGUAAGCCUGGCAUUUUAGCUGUUUAUGUCCUAGCAACAUCUGCUUAUUCCAGGUAUAUAAUUAAAAUCUUGCAAGCAAUUAGUUGAGAAUAAAAACUAUAAUCAGUUUACCAAAAGAAAGUUUCUCUGAUAGACCUUGAUCCUCGGGCUUUGGAUUGGAACCUCAAAGUAGUAUAACACUAAGAAUAAAGUCAAACGGGAAAUUGAUCACCCUUUCAGAAACUUAGACCACCUUUGAAUCAUAAGAAUUCUUAAUGUACAAAGCUGAUUUGGGAAUAUUGAUGCCCUAACCAUCCAUCAAAAGCAAAAGUAAAUUUUCCCUGAAGGAAGAUCAAGUCAUCUAAGAUGCUAGAAAUAAUGCUAAAAUUUUGCAAUGUUUCAGGAUAUGUCAGGAUACAAAAAUAAGUUGUGUGUUUAUAUGCUAGUGUCAAAUAAUUGCAAAAUGAUAUUUUAAAUACACCAUUUACAAUAUUACAGUUACAAUACUUAGGAAUACAGAUAAACAAAUAUGCUUAGGUUGAAAGACAAUAUUAUUAAGAUACCCACUCUUCAAAUUUAUCCAUAUAUUCAAAUAAAUUGCAAUAAAAAUUCCACUAGGCUCUUUUUUUUCUGGAAAUGGGUAUACUGAUUCUAAAUUUUUUGUAGAAUUACAAUUAAUCUAGAAUUGCCAAAGUAAUUUUGAAAAAUGUUGGAGGAUUUGCACGACCCAAUUGCAAGAUUUAAAUCACAAAGCUGCAUUAAUUAAGACAGUGUGGUAUUAGUAAAAAAAACACCUAGAUCCAUGGAACAGUACAGAGUUCAGAGACAGACUACACGUAUGUAGUCAGUUGGUCUUCAAUGGGCAAAAGAUUGUGUUUUCAAAGGUGGAUAUGAUUACAGAAAAAAAGAUGAAUUUUCACCUCUAGAUUACACAUAAAAUUUAAUUUGUAAUGAACAUAGACCUAAAUCCAAAACCCAAAACUCUAAAACUUCUAGAAGAAACAGAGGAGAAAUUCUUUGUAAUUUUGAGGUAGGCAAAAAUAUCUUAGAUGAAACACAGCAUGAGCAAUUAUAAAGAAAAUGUUGCUAAUUACAAUUAAAAUCUGCCUAUCAAAUGACACUUAAGAGACUGACGGACAAGACACCACCUAAGAAAAAAUACGUACAACAAAUAUAUCUGAUAAAAGCUAUUUAUCUGAAAUACAAAAAAAUAACUCUCACAACUCAAUAAGAGGAAAAGGAACCCAAGAAAAUUUUAGCAAAAGACCUAAAUAGACUCGUCACAAAAGAUAUAAGAAUGGCUAAUUAACCAAGUAUAGAGAAAGUGCUCAACAUAAUUAACAUCAUAGAAAUGCAAAUCAGAACCACAAUGAGAUAUCACCUCACACCUGUUGGGAUGGCUAUCAUCAAAAAAUCAAAGACAGCAGGUGUUGGCAAGGAUGGACAGAAAAGAGAACCCUAUAUCCAUUGUUGGUGAGAAUGCAAUUGGUAGGGUCACUAUAGGAAGUAUUAUGGAGGUUUCUGAAAAAAUAGAACUACCACGUAAUCCAAUAACCUCACAACUGGAUAUAUAUCCAAAAGAAAUAAAAUUACUAUCUCAAAGAGAUAGCUGCACUCCUAUGUUCACUGCAGCAUUAUUCACAGUGGUCGAGAUGCGAAGAGAACCCGUGGCUGUUGAUGGAUGGAUGGAUAAAGAUCAUCUAUCUACCUAGAUGUACAUAUAGGUAUAUAUGUUUGUGGGCUAGCAUCGUGUUUAUGUGUAGUCAUCAUUAUCUAUACAAUAAUCAUAUCUGCAUAUAAAAUCUAGCCUUAAAGAAGAAGGAAAUCUUGCCACUUGCAAGGACGUGUAAACAUGUGUGAACCUGGAGGACUUUAUGCUAAAUGAAAUAAGUCAGACAGAGAAAGACAAACACUGUAUUAUCUCAUUUAUAUGUAGAAUCUAAAAAAGUCAAACUCAUAGUAACAGAGAGUAGAACGGUGGCUACCAUGGGAUGGGAGGUAUGGGGAGAUAUUGGUUAAAGGACACAAAUUGUCAGUUAUAAGAUGAGUAAGUUCAAGAGACCUAACGUACAGCAUGGUGACUAUAGUUAAUAAUAUACUAUAUUCUAGAAAGUUGCAAAGAAAGUGGAUCUCAAGCCUUCUCACCACACACACGAGAGAUAACUACAUAAAGUGAUAGUUAUAUUACUUAGCUUGAUUGUGGUAAUCAUUUCACAAUGUAUACAUAUAUCAAAAUAUCACAGUGUACACCUUAAAUAUACAUGAUUUUUGUCAAUCAUACCUCAAUAAAGCCGUGGGGAAAAAGGGAUGGCCAAUCAGCCUUUGAAAAUAUUUUCAGCAUCAUUAGUCAUCAAAGAAACACAAAUUAAAACAGUAUGAGAUAUUUAAUAGUCACUAGAAUAACGCAUUAAAAGAGAGGUAUUGCUAAGUACUGGGAAGAUUGUGGAAUAAUUAGAACUCAUAUACAUCGCAAAAUAGCCCGGUGAUUUCUUAUAAAAGUAAAAAUAUACUUAACAUGUAACCCAGCAGUUCCACUCUUAAGUAUUUACUCAAGAGAAAAGAAAACAGGAAUGCCUGAAUAUUGACAACCAGGCUAUGAAAAUCACCAUGUUAAAGAGUAAAGGGGGGAAGCGGGGAGCCAUAUGAUCAUUUUAAUAAAUGGGAAGAAGUAUUGAGCAAAAUUUAAAAUCUAUUUAUGAUAAUAACUCUUGAAGUAAGAAUAAAGUUUCCUUAAUCUGACAAAGAGUAUUUAGAACAAACUCUACAUCAAACAUUGUAGUUAUUGAUGAGGAAUCAAAAGCUUUCCUGCAGAAACUGGGAUGGACAAAUAUGUCCCAUAACAUAUUCAUGUCAAUGUUGUAGUACAGAUCCUCGGCUGUACAAUAGGGCAAGCAUAGGAAACAAAGUUAUGAAUGUUAGUAAAAUGAAAAAUGGGGGUGCCUGGGUGGCGCAGUCCUUAAGUGUCUGCCUUUGGCUCAGGGCAUGAU